UUGCUUUGGGGACAUGUACCUGUAAAACUUGCCUCCUGCUUGCCACUACACGCUAAAACCCUAUUAUCCAAUUAGCAGCGUUAGCGGAGGGGUUCGUCCUUGGCACGGCAAUUUUCCAAUUAGAAACACGUGCAUUUGCUCCCCUACUUAGAGACAUGUGGCCGGGACGUUCGCGUUUUCGCAGACUUAGACAACACUGUCUGGGGGGGAAACUAAAAAUCAAAACAUGUACGCUUUGGUGAACGCCUUCAUGCGUUGCCUCUCUUUUCUCUUGCCUCCUUCUUGGCUUUGUGUCAGCUUUUGCUUGUGGGUUGGGAAUGAGUGCGAAGAGACGCUACAGCGGCCCAAUCCCAGAGCUCGUUUCAAAAGCAGAGAGCCUCUUACAUAUGAGGAAGUAAAAGCAGCAGCAGAAGCAGAAGCACAAGGAGGCUCCAGACCGUCGGUCUCACCAGGUCCAGACUGCGUCUCGCUGGCUGCUACAAGCCCCGCUGCUCCUAAGGGCCCUUCGUCGGGUCUGAUUUGGAUAGGGGGUCUCUGGCGAGCCGUGGAGCGCGUCUUCGGAGCCCCCUGGGUCCUUCUCCGCCAUCACCUGUGCCCGAAAAGGCGACGUGCAGCUUUGGGCGCCCAGUAUCCUGUCUGUGCCUUCGAGUCGGGUAAGAUUAAAAGCUUCCAGAGAGGCGCUGCUGCUGCUGCUGCUGCUGCUGCUAAAAUCGUGGACGUGAAGGGACCGGGUGAAACCACCUUUACUUAUUCGAAGAAUAUGAGCGGGUCCGUGGGGGUACCCAGUGUGAACUCAACGGAAUGCGCCUCGGAUGCGUCGGCGGAGCAGGGCAUCGAUGAGGUAAUUACCGUGGACCAGCUCUCGCAGGAGAUGGGGACGGUGACGAUAACAGUGGCCAUUCAAGCGGCUGAGGACGAGGAACCCGAGGAAGUGACAUCCAAUAAUGCUGACUUCCUCGGAGGUAGCUGUAGCGAGGACGAAAUCGGAAGACAUGACAAAUCGAGUGGUGCCGGGACCAGCGGAGGAGAACUGGAGGAGGAGAGCUGGCAGCCCCCGGAUCCAGAGCUUAUCCAGAAGUUGGUUACUCAGAUUGAGUACUACCUGUCUGAUGAGAACUUGGAGCAUGAUGCCUUCCUGCUUAAACAUGUCAGACGUAACAAACUCGGGUUUGUUAGCGUCAAGUUGCUCACCUCCUUCAAAAAGGUGAAACACUUAACUCGUGACUGGAGAACCACUGCUUAUGCUCUGAGACACUCAAAGAUCCUUGAGCUGAAUGAUGAGGGGCGUAAGGUGCGACGUAAAUCCGCAGUACCAGUCUUUGCCAGCGAGUCACUGCCCAGCCGCAUGCUACUAUUAAGUGAUUUGCAGAGGUGGCCAGAGCUGGCUGCUCUCACUAAGGAUAAUGGAAGUGCUGAAGGAGGAGCCACUCAACAGGAGCAGCUGAUGAAGCUGUUACUGAAAGCAUUUGGAACAUAUGGUGCCAUUGCCUCUGUUAGAGUCUUGAAACCUGGAAAGGACCUGCCGGCUGACCUGAAGAGGCUGAGUGGUCGCUACGCUCAGCUGGGCACUGAAGAAUGUGCCAUUGUGGAGUUUGAGGAGGUGGAGGCUGCUGUUAAAGCCAACGAAGCUGCGGGGAGUGAGAACGGAGGACCCAAUUUACUGGGGUUGAAAGUGGUUCUGAUUGGCACCAAGCCGCCUAAAAAGAAGGUACCAAAAGAACGACCUCGUGAGGAAGGAGGGAUGCGGAAAAGCCGCUCUCUAAACAGCCGGGUACGAGAGCUUCAGUAUCAUGGGGACGACUCUGCUUGCAGCUCUUCGGAGACAGAGAGCACCCCUACAUCUCCCAGAUUGGCUAGAAAAUCCCAGUCGUGCAACAAGCUCAGCCCCACCACUGCAGGCACUAGCUUCCAGAAUAAUCACCUGAGUCCAAGUAUGUCCCCACGUAACAGCCCCUGGUCUAGCCCUCGUGCUAGCCCGUGUUCUCAGCGCAAAUCUCCUCAUUCCCACAAGUCUCCCUUAGCUGUUGAGGGUAGACUGAGCCCUGAGUCUGGACGUCGUUGGGCAGAUUACUCCUCAGACAGUAGCCUCACACCUUCAGGGAGCCCGUGGGUUCAGCGGCGGAAGCAGGUGGCAUCACAGGAAAGCAGCCCGGUCGGCAGCCCGAUGCUGGGUAGAAAGAUCCAGAAUGCUGAUGGCCUGCCGCCAGGAGUAAUGAGGCUGCCAAGGGGUCCUGAUGGAACUCGUGGCUUUCACUGUGUGGCGAUUGAGAGGGGAAAGACUGCUGCUACUCAGACUUGAUAUGUGGAGCCUCAUUAUGUAUUCGCUGACCCCCCCAGAAAUAAAAUGAGAUAUUGGAAGUUUAAACAGUUCUUGGCCAUGUUGCUCAAGCCCCACCCCACAUUUCAGACUGUGUAGAUAUAUAAUUUUUUUUUUUUUUUAGUGCAUCA